AUGGGCGCGGCGGAGGAAUACGAGGAGCACGGCGGUGGCGACGGCUCGGCGGAGGAGAACGGAAGCGCCGCGGACGGCGGCGGCGGCGACGGCGGCGCGAUGGAGCGCGAGGAGAUGCAGCUGUACUCGGAGGCGUCCGCGUUUCAAGGCGCCGCGGUGGUGGCGAUGAUCGAGCGGCACGACGAGGAUAUCGGCGAAGAGCAGAAGAUUCUCGAAAUCACGAUGGAGGAUGGGGUUACCAUGUCGCUCGCGCUCGACUCGGGCGAACGGCGGCUUAACGAACUUGGUUACCGGCAGGAGCUGAAGCGUUCUCUGCAUUUUCCGCAGCUGUACGCGACGGGCAUCAGCAUGAUGAGCGUGUUCGCGGGGGUGGUCCCCAUGUAUGCACAAGGGUUCAACGAUGGCGGCCCAGCAGGGCUGAUCUGGUACUGGUGGAUCACAGCUGUUGCAGUGCACCUCAUCGCUCUCAGCAUGGCCGAAAUCUCCUCCUCCUUUCCAACAGCUGGCUCGCUCUAUUUCUGGGCGGCAGCACUGGCAGGGCCGAAGUGGGGCCCACUGGCCUCAUUCAUCACGGGGUGGAUGGAUUUUCUGGGCUUGGCUGUGUGUGGAGCCAACCCGUAUUCCUUCCUCAUCACUCUCCUCGUCUCCCAGUACUCCCUCUACGGCUACGACUGCGUGGCGCAUCUCGCAGAAGAGACAAAAAAGGCCGACCGGACGGCGCCACUCGCAAUCAUGUCCUCUCUGACUACAGUGACUGUCCUGGCGUGGCUGCUCGUGGUGGUGCUGACGUGGAGCAUCCAGGAUCCAGCUCAUCUGUUUGCGGCGGAGAGCGCGACAGGUGGCAUGCAACCAGUGGUGCAGAUCAUGUGGGACGUGUUUUACACUCGCUACGGCUCUGGGUUGGGAGCGCAGGUCUUCACGGUCGUCAUCUGCAUCUCUUUCUUCGGAGCCACUCUCUCAUGCCAACUUGGGGCAUCCCGUGUGGCCUACGCCCUGGCUAGGGACGGCGGCCUACCCUUCUCAUCCCUCUGGCGGCGCCUGGCCCCCAAUCGAGUGCCAGUAUGGGCACUGACACUCUCUGUGCUGGUCGGGCUGCUCUUCCUGCUGCCCGUGCUCGCCUCCUCCACGCUCUUCUUCGCCCUCGCUUCCAUCUCCACCAUUGCUUGGAUCUCCGCCUACUCCGUCCCCAUCCUCUUCCGCACUGUGCAAGAAGAAAAGAAUUUUCCGCCCGGCCCCUUCUACCUGCCCAACUACAUCGGGUUCACUGCCGGAAAGUUGGUCCACGUGGUUGCUCUGUUGUGGGUGCUCUACACCCUCGUCGUCAAGAAGGACGAGGAUGCUGGGGAUGGUGGGGAUGGUGGAGCUUACGUCAGCAAGGAGGAGCUCGUGUCGGUGAUGGAGUGGAAGCUGACACGUGGCAAGUGGCGCCCUCGUCUCCUCGAUUUCAUCAAGCAGCUCGACCCCACUGCAGUCCAAACUGCAUCGUCCCGAGCCUUCGCUGCUCUGGCGCCAUACACCCUUACCACGCCUGGAGGUUCGGAAUCAGCUUCGGAAGCACGUUCCGAAGCAGGUGUUGAAGCGAGCCUGAAGGCAGCAGUAACGGAGCUGUCAUCGCUCAAGGGGGUUGGAGCAGCGACGGCAUCUGCAGUGCUGGCUGCGUUGGCCCCUCAAGUAGCUCCAUUCAUGUCAGACGAGGCCAUGGUUGCGGCGCUGGGGGACAGCAAGGACUACUCGCUUCGCCGCUACCUCGUUUUUGCAAAGGCCAUGCGGGAAAAAGCAUCGGAAUUGAAUCAACUCGCCGACAAAGGCGCACAGGCAGGAGCUACAGAUUCUUCUUCAGUUGAAGCAGAAGUGCAAGCAGAGCAAAAUUUUGCCGGUCUAGCGGCGGUGUGA